GAGUCUGAGUCCGAGGAACGAGAACCGGCACGCGUGGCCGUUGUGGGACCGAGCACCAGCAGGCACCAUGUGGAUCCAGGUUCGCACCAUGGAUGGGAAGGUAGCCCACACUGUGGACUCGCUCUCCAGGCUGACCAAGGUGGAAGAGCUGAGGAAGAAGAUCCAGGAGCUGUUCCACGUGGAGCCAGGCCUACAAAGGCUUUUCUACAGGGGCAAACAGAUGGAGAAUGGCCACACCCUCUUUGACUACGAUGUUCGCCUGAAUGACACCAUCCAGCUCCUGGUUCGGCAGAGCCUUGUGCUUCCCCAGCCCAGCAGCAGCAGCAGCAAGGAGAGAGACUCCGAGCUUUCUGACACAGAUUCUGGCUGCUGCCUGGGCCAGAGCGAGUCGGACAAGUCCUCAAAUAGCGGCGAGGCAGCUGUGGAGGCGGACGGGAAGGCAGGCUUAGCGGAUGAGGAUGUAUGGGAUGAGACUGAGCUGGGCCUGUACAAGGUCAAUGAGUAUGUCGAUGCUCGGGACACGAACAUGGGAGCUUGGUUUGAGGCCCAGGUUGUCAGGGUGACGAGGAAGGCACCAUCUCAGGAUGAACCCUGCAGCUCCACCUCCUGUUCCACCCUGGAAGAAGAUGUCAUUUAUCACGUGAAAUAUGAUGACUACCCGGAGAACGGUGUGGUCCAGAUGAGCUCACGGGACGUCCGGGCCCGUGCCCGACACAUCCUCAAAUGGCAGGAGCUGGAGGUGGGCCAGGAGGUCAUGGUCAACUACAACCCUGAUAACCCGAAGGAUCGAGGCUUCUGGUAUGAUGCAGAGAUCGUGCGGAAGCGUGAGACCCGGACAGUGAGGGAGCUGUACGCCAACGUCAGGCUCGGGGAUAAUUCUCUCAACGACUGUCGGAUCAUCUUCGUGGAUGAAGUUUUUAAGAUUGAGCGUCCAGGAGAGGGGAGCCCUGUGGUGGAAAACCCAAUGAGAAGGAAGAGUGGGCCCUCCUGCAAGCAUUGCAAGGACGACCAGAGCAAGACCUGCCGGGUGUGCGCUUGCCACCUGUGUGGGGGCAAGCAGGAUCCUGACAAGCAGCUCCUGUGUGAUGAAUGUGACAUGGCCUUUCACACGUACUGCCUCUGCCCACCUCUCAGCAGCAUUCCCAAGGAGGACGAGUGGUACUGCCCUGAGUGUCGAAAUGAUGCCAGCGAGGUAGUGUUGGCAGGGGAGAAACUGAAAGAGAGUAAGAAGAAAGCGAAGAUGGCAUCAGCCACGUCUUCCUCGCAGCGGGACUGGGGCAAGGGCAUGGCGUGCGUGGGGCGCACCAAGGAGUGCACCAUCGUUCCAUCCAACCACUAUGGACCCAUCCCAGGGAUCCCCGUGGGCACCAUGUGGAGGUUCAGAGUCCAGGUUAGUGAAUCAGGAGUCCAUCGGCCUCAUGUGGCGGGCAUCCACGGCCGGAGCAAUGACGGGGCAUACUCCCUGGUCCUGGCUGGGGGGUAUGAGGAUGAUGUGGACCAUGGGAAUUCGUUCACAUAUACUGGUAGCGGUGGUCGAGAUCUUUCCGGCAACAAGCGGACAGCAGAACAGUCAUGUGAUCAGAAACUCACCAACACCAACAGGGCACUGGCUCUCAACUGCAGUGCACCCAUCAACGACCGCAAAGGGGCUGAGGCCAAGGACUGGCGCUCAGGGAAGCCGGUCCGGGUGGUGCGCAACGUCAAGGGCCGCAAGCAUAGCAAAUAUGCCCCCACUGAGGGCAACCGGUACGAUGGCAUCUACAAGGUUGUGAGGUACUGGCCCGAGAAGGGGAAAUCCGGCUUCUUGGUGUGGCGCUAUCUUCUGCGGAGGGACGACAAUGAACCCGGCCCCUGGACAAAGGAAGGGAAGGACCGGAUCAAGAAACUGGGGCUAACCAUGCAGUACCCAGAAGGCUACCUUGAGGCCCUGGCCAAGAAGGAGAAGGAGAAAGAGAACAGAAAGAGGACGGCUGAAGAAGUGGAAGAGGAAGAGGAAGAGGAGGAGGAAGAGGAGGGUUUCACGUCCCCUAGGAAGGGCAAACGGAAGAGCAAGUCGGAAGGAGGUGGCAGGACUGGUGCCUGGUCCCCAGGAAGGACACCCAAGAAAACCAAGGUGGAACCCUACAGCCUCACAGCCCAGCAGAAAGGCCUUAUCAAGGAGGACCAGAGCAACAACAAGCUGUGGACCGAGAUCCUCAAGUCGCUCAAGGAUGGGCCGAAAUUCCUGAGUAAAGUGGAAGAAACGUUCCAGUGUAUUUGCUGCCAGGAGCUGGUAUUCCGUCCGAUCACAACCGUGUGCCAACACAAUGUGUGCAAGGAUUGCCUGGAUAGAUCCUUCAGAGCUCAGGUGUUCACCUGCCCCGCCUGCCGCUAUGAUCUGGGCCGGAACUACGCCAUGCAGGUGAACCAGCCGCUGCAGGCAGUCCUCAGCCAGCUCUUCCCAGGUUAUGGCAAUGGACGGUGAUCCUCAAGCACUUCUCGCCGGGCGUUUUCUAAAAACGCAUCAGAGGCAUCCUUGGCCCCUCUUGUUUUUAGUGGGCUUAACUUAAAUAUGUAGUUUUUCCUCUACUUCCUUUUAAAAAGCCUUGUCUUCCUGGUUUUGUUUUGUUUUUAUCUAUAAAUUUUCAGGAAUUUGUAUUAUGGCUGAAAGAAAGAAAGUUAGACUGCUCAGUGUUUUAUCUUGGUUUUUAAAAGAAUAUAAAGCCUGCAAUGUAUCAGCAAAAAAAAAAAAAAAUUUUUUUUUCCUGAAGAUGAAAUUAGAAAUUCCUUAGCCUGAAGGCGACUUAUGUUCCCAAUAUCAAGUUCUCAGAGAUUCUUGCAAGAGGGCAUUGACUGCCUAGAACAAUCUUUUCCAGGUGUGUGGGGUUGGCCCCCAAAGCUGAAAGCAAGCACACCUUCUGAUAGCAUUUUAUUGCCAACACCCAGCAGGAUGGUGCCUGGUGGUGGCCCUGGGUGUGGUGUGGCCCUGCUGUCAUCCAUCAGGACAUUGUUGAAAGGGAAAAAGGAAAAAAAUCUCAUUCAGCUCAGUUUUAACUCUGGCCUCAAAGCCAUCCGCCACCAGUCGGCUUCUGUGGUUAAGACCCGCAAGCAGAGACCUGUAUCCCUUGAGCAGAGUUGAGGCCACACAGAAGCUACCUCCACUGGACUCUCCUACGUGGGGCUGAGUGUGCAGCCAAAUGCUGUCCGAUCUGGAACACCACAGAAGCAGAUGCACUAAGCCAUGUUCAAGUGCCUUUAGUUCUUUCUUUCUUUCUAAACACAAGGCUCUUUUUUUAGCACUGAAUUAUUGAAAAUGCCAACCAGAUUCUCAGAUUGGCCAACCAGUUCUUUCCAAAACCGGGUGAGUGUUUGGGGAUAGGUUGCGUUUUGUUCUUCCUUUAAAUUGAAAUUUCAACUCACCAAUUGAGUAUUACAAGAGGGGAUUUGUUUUUUAAAUAAAUACUUUUUUUAAAUGAAAUUUUUUGUAGUUACUGUAUAUGUACCAAGAAAUUUAUAACUUAGGGUUUUUUUUUUGUAUUUUUUGGAAUUAUUUGUUAAUUUUUUUACAAACUUUACCAAAGUUUGCAGCUUAUACCUCAAUAGAACAGGAAUAUUUUAAAUCACAUAAAUGCAGACAAACGAACAAUAUCGUUUGAAAGUUUUUUCCCUCUUUAUUAUUAGGUGGUUAAUGUAUUAGGAAAAAAUG